CAGCUCACACCUGCACAAUACAUAUCCUUUUUCUCCCCCGCGUUAGUAUUGAUCUGGUUUCCACUUCGUAACUUGUGGCGCUCGCUAAGAUGAAUUUGAAUCGCCAAGAUUUCGUAAUACUGACUCUGAUGAUGUUGCUAUUUAUGGCAAAACAUGUGUUCCAUGACGAGUCUUCUCAGAGGGAGCAGCUUUAUUCUCUUUCUACUGCACACUCAACCGAUAUGGUGUCCCAGGCCUUUGCCAAUGUGGCCGAAAAGGGCAAAUACUUGAGCCACUCAUUCCUCUGGCCCGCUACCCGGUGGGAGGAAGUCACUCGGAGCUCUCAGGUGUGUCUCAUCACCCAGGGGAGCGUAGACCGCCUCUUCUGGGUGGCUCGACAAGCUGAGGCUUUUGGAGGGCCAGUGUCCAUGGCCAUUUAUGCUUCAGGGUCUGAUUAUGCCGUGGCCCUUGCUAUGGUAUCUUACUUGAGACAUUGCUUUCCCGCUGUUCAAGAGAACGUGUCCUUCCAUAUAAUGUACCCCAGGAAGUAUCCGCCCAAACUCUCCUCUGAAUACAAAGCACCUCCUCUUAGCUGUUCGGAUCCAGAAGAGGUGAACAGACGCCUGACGAUUCUUCUUCGGGACCCAAAACAGACCGGGAUAAAACACUACCCGCAGAACCACAUGAGGAACCUAGCCCGCCGAGCAUGCCCUUGUGAAAACGUCCUCACCGUCGACAUUGAUAUGGUGGCAUCACCCUACAUGAACAGAAAGUUGUCCCGCUUUCUCAACACUACGAAGCAGUCAGCGCCAUGCAAGAAAUGUGCUUAUGUAGUACCACUCUAUGAAAUACAGGACGAUGCUGAGUUUCCGAGUGAUAAGACAGAACUUUUGGAUCUGAUACGAAAUCACAGAGCUCGCAUAUUCCACAAAGAGGUGUACAGCAAGAAUCAGGGAAAUGGUCGAUUCCACGAUCGCUGGGAGGUGCAACCAGAGAAAGGGGAUUUAAGUGAAUAUAAAGUCCUCUAUGACAUCGAAACCUACGAAGAGCGCUGGGAACCGAUCCUAGUUUUGCCGAUCAAUGCUCCUUUCUUCGAUGAGCGAUUUGUUGGGUUUGGGUGCAAUCGCUAUAGUCAGGUUUACGAGCUCCACCUACGCAAGUACAAGUUUAGGGUUCUGGAUGCGGCCUUUCUCGUCCACCGCGGAUUCCAGACGAGAGCGAAGUAUCCUGACUGGCGCCCCAGGGAGAUUCAGGAGAAUCGAAAACGGUAUGAAGAGUUCAAGAAGGAGAUCCAUAAGAAGCUGAAGAUUAAACUUUAAGAGGAUUCUAAACUUUGAAACCAUGUUGUUCCGUUUAUUGUACAUGAUAAGGAAUGGUUUGUGUAUUACUGGUUUUCUGAAAUAAGAACGAACGCUUUUCUAGACAUUUUUUAUGUACAUAAAUGUAUAUGUUUAAGAAGAUAGUAAGAUAGACAAAUGUUCAUAUAAACCUUAGGUAUAUUUAUACAGUCGAACAUACUCCCAUGUAUGUUUGCACACAUGUGGGUGUUUCAGCAUGUGUUUUAGGAGCAUAUUUUUCUCACUAUUUCUGUUUAUAUAUUUCUGGAUAUAUAUGCAUAUAUUUAUAUGUCCAUCUAUCUGCCUCUGUUUAUCUAUAAGUAUAGCACGUACUAAAAUGAAUAUUCAAUAUACUUCCGUGAAUUGUAAAAAAAAAAAGUACAUCUGAAAAGGCUCAUCAAGAAAUGUAUGUAAUAUGUCGAAGCUGUGUCUGAAUGUCAUAAAAUGUACAUUUAUUUAAAUGUCUAUCUAGAAUUUUUUUACAGAUAUCGUAAUUAAUGAAGAAAUACUAUUUA